AUGUCAUCUUCUCCCACCGUCCAUAGCCAAUUCACCAUUUUGUCGGGAGGCAUCUGCUUCGGAGACCUGCAUAACAUCUGGCAUGGAGCUAUAUCGGACCCUAUGGAGCGCUUACACUUCAUUCCUCCGCAGGUGUCCGGGACAGUCAUAGUUCAUGAUGUCAACUUCAAUAUUGGCGCCCGAAACGGAGCAUGGAACGUCUACCAGCUUGUUGACAUCGACAGCUGCAGUGAAGUUGUGGCGUGGUUCGCGUGUCAUGUUGAAAUCGAUCCGCAGGCAGAAGUCGAUCGGAUACUCCAUGUCUCGGGCUCCCCGUACGAACCUGACAGCGGGUCGUCUCGGAACUGUGAGAAAACUGUCGAUAAUGGAAUUCUCGUGAUAAACCGCUACGACUGGGGCUGCUACGACGAGCGGGCGCUUGAGGACGUAGCGGAAUGGGAACAUAUCCCAGACGGCCGCGUCCUCCACAAUCCCAGUGAAGGCGCAGGGCUGGUAGACUCUGUAGGGGCAAAGGAUCAGGUCGUUCAAUGGCGAACAGCUCCCAGCCGCACGCGAGACAGUCUUCCUUCGCCAGGAGGGACGUGGAUGCAUAUCCCCGACGCAGAAUACAAGUUUGGGAGGUUUGGGUUCGACGCGACGCGACGCACCGCCCAGUCUUUUCUUUUCUUUACUGGCGCGACGCAUUUUACAAACACGACCUUCACUGGAGUUCACAAGAGCCUUCGAAAACUGGAAACAGCAGAAGAGAGAUUUGAGCGUCAAAUCCGUGAGGGUUACAAUUUCGAGGGGCUGGAUACCCUACAUCUACUCGCAUCAUGUUACUAG